GCGGGCAUCGGAGAAUGGCCGGGCGCGGGGGAGCCUCUCGGCCGCUGGGCCUGGUCGUGGGGCUGCAGCUGGGGCUGCUGUGCCUGCUCCCGGGCUCCGGCGCCCGCGCAGCGCCGCCGCACCUCGUCUUCGUGCUGGCCGACGACCUGGGCUGGAACGACGUGGGCUUCCACGGCUCCCACAUCCGCACGCCGCAGCUGGACGCGCUGGCGGCCGGCGGGGUGCUGCUGGACAACUACUACACGCAGCCCCUGUGCACGCCAUCGCGGAGCCAGCUGCUCACCGGGCGCUACCAGAUUCGCACAGGGUUGCAGCACCAGAUAAUCUGGCCCUGCCAGCCCAGCUGCGUCCCCCUGGAUGAGAAACUCCUGCCCCAGCUGCUGAAAGAAGCAGGCUACGCUACCCACAUGGUCGGAAAGUGGCACCUGGGAAUGUACCGGAAAGAAUGCCUUCCCACCCGCCGAGGAUUUGAUACCUACUUUGGAUACCUCCUAGGUAGUGAAGAUUACUACUCCCAUGAGCGUUGUUCAGUAAUCACUGCUCUCAAUAUUACACGGUGUGCUCUUGAUUUUCGAGAUGGUGAAGAAGUUGCAACAGGUUAUAAAAAUAUGUAUUCAACAAACAUAUUUACACAAAGGGCUAUAGACCUCAUAACUAACCACCCACCAGAGAAGCCUUUGUUUCUCUACCUGGCUUUGCAGUCCGUCCAUGAGCCCCUUCAGGUCCCUGAGGAAUACUUAGAACCCUACGACUUUAUCCAAGACAAAAACAGGCAUCAUUAUGCAGGAAUGGUGUCCCUUAUGGAUGAAGCCGUGGGAAAUGUCACUGCAGCCUUAAAAAGACAUGGACUGUGGAACAACACGGUGUUCAUCUUCUCCACAGAUAACGGAGGGCAGACUCUGGCAGGAGGAAACAACUGGCCCCUUCGAGGAAGAAAAUGGACCCUGUGGGAAGGAGGUGUUCGAGGGGUGGGCUUUGUGUCCAGCCCUUUGCUGAAACAAAAGGGUGUGAAGAACCGGGAGCUCAUCCACAUUUCUGACUGGCUGCCAACUCUGGUGAAGCUGGCAGGGGGGAGCACCAAUGGCACCAAGCCCCUGGAUGGCUACGAUAUGUGGAAGACCAUCAGUGAAGGAAGCCCAUCCCCCAGAUUGGAGCUGCUACAUAACAUUGACCCCGACUUUGUAGACGUUUCACCAUGUCUUGGGCACAGCGUGGAGCCAGGCAGGCAUUCUUCUUCUCCAGAAUAUUCAGCCUUCAACACAUCUGUGCAUGCUGCAAUAAGAUACAGAAACUGGAAACUCCUCACAGGCUACCCAGGCUGUGGUCACUGGUUCCCUCCGCCAUCUCAGUACAACGUUUCUGAGAUACCCGCCGCCGACCCACCCACCAAGACCCUCUGGCUCUUCGAUAUUGACCAGGACCCCGAAGAAAGACAUGACCUGUCAGAAGAAUAUCCCCAUAUCGUCAAGGGGCUCCUUGCCCGCCUGCAAUUCUACCACAAACACUCUGUGCCAGUGCGAUUCCCGGAGCAGGACCCCCGCUGUGACCCCAAGGGCAAGGGGGCUUGGGGCCCUUGGCUGUAGCGGGGUGCAGGCGAAAACCUUUCUCCAGCUGGGACUCCCAAACUCUUGUCUCCCCUGUUCUCCCAGCCUGGGUUCGCUUGGCCCUUCUGUUAGUCUCCUUGCAACACGAGGCCCGUUUCAGACGCUUUGGGCGGUGGCGGAUGUCUGAAGGCGCGGGUGAUGGGCACCUCCCUUGGCUUCUGGGCUGCAGAGCAGCUGGGACCUGGCAGAGGAGGUCCUCGCCAAGUCCUGGGGGCUGGAGCAGCUGCGUCCCGCUGCCUCACGCCGGAGGUUAGGUUCUCUCUGCCAAGAGCUGGGUUUUAUUGGAGCGACUCACGUUUCUCGUGAGAGACAGAGAGCAGACAGUUGUGGGCCGUGCUGUUGGGCAGGGUUCUCCUGGGCUGUGGGAUUCCUGCCCUCCUCUCCUC